AUGGGCAUUGCUGUUGUUAAGAACCAAAGUCACAUCGAACGGCCAGAAACUAGAAAACUUAAAGAGAAUCCACUAGCAAAUAUUGACUUGUUGGAGAAAGUGUUUGGAACGGUUCACAUAAGUGGAGGCGAAGACUGUUUGGAUAAGAAAGGCGACGACCGUGUGGAUCAGAAAGGAGAUGACCGUGUGGAUCAGGAAGGCGACAAUAAUGAUGGUGAUGCUGAAGACACGGAUGCUACAUAUAAUCAAGUUCCUCCUACUCAAGAACGAGCUCCAGCAUAA